AGAAGUCAGUGUGAAGAGGGACAGAAUGAGUGGUGAAGCAGAAAAGGUACCAAGGAGAAAGAAUGAGUGUUGGAGCAGAGAAGGUAGUGUGCGUAACCGGUGCGUCCGGAUACAUUGCGUUGUGGCUGGUGAAACUCUUGCUCCAACGCGGAUACACUGUCAAUGCCUCUGUUCGUGACCCAAAUGACCCAAAGAAGACAGAACACUUGCUUAUGCUGGAUGGAGCUAAGGAAAGACUUCAUUUGUUCAAAGCAGACUUACUGGAAGAAGGAUCGUUUGAUUCCCUGGUUGAUGGAUGUGAGGGCGUUUUUCAUACAGCCACUCCUGUUUAUCUCAGGGCCAAAGAUCCUCAGGCUGAAUUAAUUGAGCCAGCUGUGAAGGGAACACUUAACGUUCUUAGAUCAUGUGCUAAAGUUUCAUCUGUUAAAAGGGUGGUUAUAACAUCUUCACUGGGAGCGGUUGUAUACAGUGGAAAACCCCUUACUCCUGAUGUGUUAGUUGAUGAGACUUGGUUUUCAGAUCCAGCUUUUUGUGAGGAAUCGAAGCUUUGGUAUACGCUUUCAAAGACCUUGGCAGAGAAGGCUGCUUGGGAAUUUUCCAAAGAAAAUGGAAUUGACAUGGUAGCAAUGCAUCCUGGGUGGGCGAGUGGUUCCCUUUUACAGCCAACUAUCAAUUCAAGUUUGAAGCCAUUUCUCAAAAUUGUGAAAGGUGGUGCUAAACGUAUUCCAUUUAUUUCUCCCUGGGUUGAUGUUAGAGAUGUUGCUAAUGCACAUAUACUAGCCUUCAAGAAUCCAUUAGCCAGUGGAAGAUAUUGUUUAGUUGGAAGAGUUCUCCAAUUUUCUGAGUUUGUGAAGCUUAUGCGUGAACUCUUCCCUAAUAUAAAACUUUUUGAAAAAUGUGAAGAUGACCAUCCUUUUGCAUCAUCCUACAUGGUAUCCAGGGAGAGAGCAGAAAGUUUGGGCCUUAAAUACAAUCCUGUGGAGGUGACUUUAAAGGACACUUUUGAAAGCUUGAGGGCGAGUAACUUCUUCAAUAUUUGA